GGACAUGGCGCUGAGGGGCCGCCCCGCGGGAAGAUGAAUAAGGGCUGGCUGGAGCUGGAGAGCGACCCGGGCCUCUUCACCCUCCUGGUGGAAGAUUUCGGUGUCAAAGGGGUGCAGGUGGAAGAGAUCUAUGACCUUCAGAGCAAAUGCCAGGGCCCUGUAUACGGAUUCAUCUUCCUGUUCAAAUGGAUCGAGGAACGCCGGUCCCGUCGCAAGGUCUCUACCUUGGUGGAUGAUACGUCGGUGAUUGAUGACGAUAUCGUGAAUAAUAUGUUCUUUGCCCACCAGCUGAUCCCCAACUCUUGUGCCACUCAUGCCUUGCUGAGCGUGCUCCUGAACUGCAGCAACGUGGACCUGGGGCCCACCCUGAGUCGCAUGAAGGACUUCACCAAGGGUUUCAGCCCCGAGAGCAAAGGAUAUGCAAUUGGCAAUGCCCCGGAGUUGGCCAAGGCACAUAAUAGCCAUGCCAGGCCAGAGCCACGCCACCUCCCUGAGAAGCAGAACGGCCUUAGUGCAGUGCGGACCAUGGAAGCAUUCCACUUUGUCAGCUAUGUGCCUAUCACAGGCCGGCUUUUCGAGCUGGAUGGGCUGAAGGUCUACCCCAUUGACCAUGGGCCCUGGGGAGAGGAUGAAGAGUGGACAGACAAGGCCCGGCGGGUCAUCAUGGAGCGCAUCGGUCUCGCCACUGCAGGGGAGCCCUACCACGACAUCCGCUUCAACCUGAUGGCAGUGGUGCCCGACCGCAGGAUCAAGUACGAGGCCAGACUGCACGUGCUGAAGGUGAACCGUCAGACGGUACUGGAGGCCCUCCAGCAGCUGAUUAGGGUCACCCAGCCAGAGCUGAUUCAGACCCACAAGUCUCAAGACUCACAGCUACCAGAGGAGUCCAAGCCAGCCAGCAGCAAGUCCCCCUUGGUGCUGGACGCAAGCAGGGCCCCAGCAAGCUCUGAGGGCACCCACACAGAUGGUGCAGAGGAGGUGGCUGGUUCGUGCCCACAAGCCCCAAACCACAGUCCUCCCAGCAAACCCAAGCUGGUGGUGAAGCCUCCGGGGAGCAGCCUCAAUGGGGUUCCCCCCAACCCCACCCCCAUUGUCCAGCGGCUGCCAGCCUUUCUAGACAAUCACAACUAUGCCAAGUCCCCCAUGCAGGAGGAGGAGGACCUGGCAGCAGGUGUGGGCCGCAGCCGCGUCCCAGUGCGCCCACCUCAGCAGUACUCCGAUGACGAGGACGACUACGAGGAGGACGAGGAGGACGAAGUGCAGAACACCAGCUCUGCCAUCAGAUACAAGCGGAAAGGGACAGGGAAGCCAGGGCCAUUGAGCAGUUCUGCGGACGGGCAGCUGUCAGUGCUGCAGCCCAACACCAUCAAUGUCUUGACUGAGAAGCUCAAAGAAUCCCAGAAGGACCUCUCGAUCCCUCUGUCCAUCAAGACUAGCAGUGGGGCAGGGAGCCCAGCUGUGGCAGUGCCCACACACUCGCAGCCCUCACCCACCCCCAGCAACGAGAGCACGGACACAGCCUCUGAGAUUGGCAGCGCUUUCAACUCACCACUGCGCUCACCCAUCCGCUCGGCCAACCCAACGCGGCCCUCCAGCCCUGUCACCUCCCACAUCUCUAAGGUGCUUUUUGGGGAGGAUGACAGCCUGCUGCGCGUUGACUGCAUACGCUACAACCGCGCUGUCCGCGACCUGGGUCCUGUCAUCAGCACGGGCCUGCUGCACCUCGCUGAGGACGGGGUGCUCAGUCCCCUGGCGCUGACAGAGAGUGGGAAAGGUUCCUCACCCCCCAUCAGACCAAGUCAAGGCAACCAGGGGUCUAGCAGCCCAGAGGAAAAGGAGGUGGUGGAAGGCUCGGACAGCAGGGAGAGGACAGGGCUGGGCAGGCCCGGCGAGCCCUUGAGUGGGGAGAAGUACUCGCCCAAGGAGCUGCUGGCCCUUCUCAAGUGUGUGGAGGCCGAGAUUGCCAACUACGAGGCUUGCCUCAAGGAGGAGGUCGAGAAGAGGAAGAAAUUCAAGAUUGACGACCAGAGGAGGACCCACAACUACGACGAGUUCAUCUGCACCUUUAUCUCCAUGCUGGCUCAGGAAGGCAUGCUGGCCAACCUGGUGGAGCAGAACAUCUCAGUGCGGCGGCGCCAAGGGGUCAGCAUCGGCCGCCUCCACAAACAGCGGAAGCCUGACCGGCGGAAACGCUCUCGCCCCUACAAGGCCAAGCGCCAGUGAGGACUGCUGCCUGACUCCGCAGCCCACUCUUGCCGUGUGGCCCUUACCAGGGCCCCUCCCUGCCCCACUCGCCCUUCUCCCAGUAUUACUGAAUAGUUCAGCCAGGGGCCCUGGGCCUGGCAGCCAGGCCGCAUUCCCGACCCCUGCCCUGGGCCUAUCUGGGGCAGGUCGGACACAGCACUCGGGAAGCAGCAGCUGGAGCAGGGUCCAGCGAGACGCUGCAGCUUCCUCCACAGCCGGCUGUGGGGCGCAGGCCUGGCCCUCUGCCUGCGGAGCAGAAUAUAUAUUUUGCCUAUCAGAGAUGUCUAUUUUUCUGGGCUCCAGCCCAUCUUGCCACCAUGUUGACACAGUUGGCUUCCUGACUGCUUUCGUCCUAGCAGCUGUCAUUCUGGUGGGCCCAGGUCCCCGCAUCAUGCCAGGGUCAUAAUUGCAGGUUCCUGUGGGGAGGCCUGCGUGGCCACUGGGUUCCACUGGUCCCGCUGCUGCGGCCCCAGCUGCCAGCCAUCCCUGUGGUGAGGAAGCCAGGCCUAUGCUCUUCAUUCCUCUUGGGAGAGUGCCAUACUCAGGGACCUGGCUGCUAGGCUGACUGGGGUUAGGGGUACCAGCAGGAGUGGGAUGAGCAGCCUGCUGGGGCCCCCUGGCCUAAGCAGAGGGAAGUGUUUGAACUCUUCCGUGGCCUGUGACCUGUCCUGGUUCUAGCCAGGCUCUGCAGCAAGGCUCUGGGCCCCUGCCUUCAGUGUUGUGGCCCUGGCCGUGGGCCCAUCUUGGGCUCUGGGCCUCUCCCUGGAGCCUAGAGCUCAGAGGGGCCUCUGUCCAGCCCCUCAGUAUUACCAUGUCUCCCUCUUAGGGAUAGCAGCCAGGGCUGCGUGCAGGAAGCUGGCAUCACUAGCUCCCUCUAGUAUGCUAGUCUCCCCAGCCUCUGCAGGGCACUUAGGGUUGGGGAGAGCUGGAUUGAGACCACCAGUUGGAGCCCCUGUGUUUCCAGGGGCCUGGUGGCCUGGGGUGAUGGACUCAGCACUGCCUCUGGAGCUCAGGUCUCAGACAGCCCCACAGCCUUUGCCAGAUGGCUUUGAAGGUGACCCAAGCAGGCUCCUAUCUGCACAUGAUGACAGGGCUGGCAGGUAUGGGUGGCUGCCCCUCUGGGCUGAGCAUGGCCCCAUCCCUCCAGCCCCCAUAAAUACUGGAUCACUGAACGAAUAAAACUCUCCUAAGACAUG